ACAUAGCCUCUUAUUCGGUAUUCUGUGAAGCCAAGCACAACCUAAGCAUUAGCGGUUAAUGGCAGUACAAUUCGCAUAAUUCUUAAGUAUUAAGCCACAUCUAGAUCAGAAAAUACAUCAAAAUGUCCGAUUUCUACAUCCGUUAUUACGUCGGCCAUAAAGGUAAGUUCGGGCAUGAAUUCUUAGAGUUCGAAUUCCGCCCGGACGGCAAACUGCGCUACGCCAAUAAUUCCAACUACAAGAACGACACGAUGAUCCGCAAAGAAGUCUACGUACACAACUGCGUCAUGGACGAACUGAAGCGCAUCAUUCUCGACUCCGAAAUCAUGCAGGAAGAUGAUUCACUCUGGCCACCACCGGAUCGCAUCGGCCGACAGGAGCUUGAAAUUGUCAUCAAUGAUGAACACAUCUCAUUCACCACUUCCAAGACUGGCUCACUAGUGGAUGUUAGCCAAUCUAAGGAUCCUGAAGGUCUCAGAUGCUUCUACUAUUUGGUACAGGACUUGAAAUGUUUAGUAUUCUCUUUGAUUGGUCUCCAUUUCAAGAUCAAGCCCAUAUAAAUUAAGUAAAUUUAGUUUUUAUACAUCAUGAGAAGCAGAGUAAUGUGAAAAAGUGUGCAAGGAAUACAAAUUAAUACAAAACUUA